UUUUGCGAGGGAGUGGCGUGUAGGUGGCCGUCACUGUGGGUGUCACUAACAGGCGUGGAGCAACUUCCUGAUCACAAUCUGCUCAGUCUGAGUUCCUCUGCUGCUUUCUCAUCCACCGCUCACAUCCUUUAACACAUCAGAGUUAAGAAUGAACACAUAUCUCUGUUAGUCUUUGGUUCAGUUAAAUGAAACGCAGCAUGUGUGGAAGGUUUCUGGAUGUUUACAAUGAGCUGAUCUUUGUCAUUUUUGACCAGUUAAGAUGGACAUUUGGGCUCCUAAGCUGCACCCUGCUGCGUGGACGGUGAUGAGUCUCCUCUGCGUGUAUUCUCAUGAGGUGACGGUGAGGGGCUCUGAUCUGAAGCUGUGUGACGAGGACCAGCGAGUGUGUGUGACUGACCUCAGAGACUGUGGCCCUCGACCUCCUGCGUCCAUACAGAAGACCCUGGACAUGUCCUGUUGCUACCAGAUGUCCCAGAGAUCCAUGACGUGUGAGUGGAGUCGGGAGUCAAACAGCCACACUGAGCCCGACGUCUCCCUCCUCUUCAGCAGCGGAGAUAAAAUCUUCUCCUGUCAGGGAAUCUUCAACCCGUUAGCCGUCCUCAGCGUAACAGCCAGGAUCAAAAACUACAUGAUGGGGACGGACACCUGGUCCCGCCCUCACACCGUGGUUCUCUAUGAUGCAGUCAAACCCUCUCAGCCUGUCCUAGCUGUACUCAACUCCACUGAGGACUCGGUCGUUGUUUCCUGGAGAAGCAGCGGUGACGGCGACUGCCGGCUUCGCUACCGAGUCGACAACACUCACAUAUGGAGCCAGGCUCCAGAUUCUGUCCGUGCACAUCGCUAUCAGACGCUGACCUACACAAUCAAAGACCUCCUGACGUUUACCGUCUACAGAGCUGCUGUGGCCUGCAGAGAGGAGUCCGGCAUCUGGAGCGACUGGAGCUCUGACGUCAGCGCGAGGACGCUGGACAGGGUGCCGUCCAGGCCUCCAGAGGUGUGUUACAGAGUGGAGAAAACAGACUCUGGUGGAUCUUUUCUCCUUCAUCUCAUGUGGAAGGACCUUGACCUCCGUGAUGCCGGAGGUCGUAUCCUUGGAUACCAGGUGAGCUACGAGCCGGUGAAGAAGCUGCGGGACAGAUUCAUUCAAAACUUCACAGAGGUGACGGCGCUGCUGGUGGUGGCGGCAGCGGAGGGGAACUUCAGCGUCACGGUGGCGGCCUUCAACACGGCCGGCUACGGACCUGCUGCACGUCUCAGUGUUGACACACAAAGACCGAACGCUCUCCCGCCGGUCAGACACUUGUGGGUCUCCAGUUCUUUCCCGGCUCUGAGAGGCCUCCAGGUCCAGUGGGAGAACCCCACAGCCCCGUCCUCCGUCCCGCCCGUCACUCAUCUCGCCGUUCAGUGGCGCUCCGAGACUCGUCCAUCCUCCAGUGGCUGGACCACAGUGGACAACGCCACCACCUCCACCGUCAUACCAGACGUUGACCCUGAUGAGUCCUACCUGAUCAGUGUGAUUCCCGUCUACAACCAGCAGUGUGGAUCUCCUCAGUCGCUGCCUGCCAGUCUGCAGCAGGGAGCUCUGAUGGAGGCGGUCCAACUGAAGGUGGUGGGCGUGACCAAAACCACGGUGACGAUGGCGUGGGCGUGGCAAAGGAGGGCUGGACCAAUCAGAGUGAACAGAUACAGCGUGAGGCUGAGGGAAGACUCGGAGAGACGUACUCUGUCUUUGUGGCCCGACCAAAAGACAGAGCACACCUUCCUCGACCUGAACCCCGACACUGAGUAUUCUCUUCUCCUAUUGGCUGACGAAGUUUCCAGAAGCAUCAUCCCCGUGAGGACACAUUUUGAUGAGGUGCCGGCAGUGGCAGCAGCGACUCCUCUGCUGCUGCUGGCCGUCUCUGUGUUCAUCAUCUCCAUCCUGUCCAGGACUCUGUACAAGUCGUACUUCUUCCCGCACAUCUCCAGCCCUCGGGGCAGUACGACAGGCCAGUGGCUGAUGGAGCCGAACCACCAGAAAACUGCAGAGAUAAACAUCCUGGACAUGGAGGACUUCCAGGUGACGGAUGUACUCGGAGAGAAGAGUCUCAUCACGGUCGGUCCAAAGCCCCGGCCCUCCUCAGAAGAGGACCUAAACGAAGACACCUCUCUGCUGUUGAUGAGCCGCCUCAGCAAACUAUCGGCCCUCGAACUGGACCCGGAGUACAUUUCUGAUGCUCCAGUAAUCACAGAGCGCACGCUGGUUUCUCUCCAGUCCUACCACGCCGACUACGGAGUGAACUGCCGACAUCCCGAUGAAGUUUUCUUACCCGAGGAGAGCCGAGAUGUUGCUCUGCUGCAUGAAGCCAGCAGCUGCUUUCCUCAGAAAGAGGAGGAGCACAGAAAGGUCGACUUGUCCGAGACGUCUUAUCAGAAAGAAACCGCUGUGAAAUGUCCUUUUCUCGAAUUAAUGGCGAACAGUCACUGUGUUUAUCAGAUGACCUGUGAGGCCGAGUAUGUGGCAAACUCGUCCUUUGUGGGCGAAACGGAUGUGUGAACAGUGAGUGGACUGAUCGACUUCAUCUGAUCUGUGAGACUGAUUAUACAGCAAACAGCUGCUUAACUGUAACAACUUCAGAUGAAGAGUGAAUCAACAACUUCUGUGUUGCAUGCUGGGUCAAAAGGUCAAACACCUUUAGCUAUUCUUACUGUAUCCUCACCACUGGAGGGGCAAAACGUAUUGCUUUGGCUGGUAGGUGGCACCUACAUGAAAAGAGUUUAUUAUCUGAUCGGUGGCCAUUUGAUGAAUCCUCAGAUGCAGGCUUAGCGGGCGUUCAGACUGAAACCAGACCUGCGUUAAAACAUUCGUUGCUUCAGGUACUAGCGAGACGCGAAAGUGUGAGUUUGAAGGUUUGUUUCAGACGCCAAAACACUGCACAGUGGUUUGCAAUAUUUGAUCUACCAUCACGAGGUAAACAGUAGAAAUACGGCUUGAUAAUGACACUUGAUAAUAAAGUGUUUUAAGAUUGUUAAUAUUUGUUUCUCUGCAGAGCAUCAGUCGGUCAUUAGCUGCUCUUGCUGUGGGACUGUUUUUGGUUUGCGUUUGUUUUGCUUUAGGGUUUAUUUGCUGUCUAGUCCGCCCUGGCAAGUGAGCCGAUAGCGGGCAGAAAGAUCUGGGUAUUGCCCUUUGGGGGCGGACUAGUUUCUUUUCUUUAUUUUUGUUGUUUGUUUUUGUUUGUUUUGUUUGUCAAUCUGCCUGCUUCCCCACAGUGUAUAACCUCACUCAGGUGGAAUCCCAGUCAGACAGCCAGGGCAGGCUUAAGGUGUGGGGUGGGUUUCAAAUCGUUUGCAGUGAAAUCAAUCACGUGUGACUUAUAAAUGUGUGAAUUCACUUAGCGUGUUAACGCCUUUAUUUGCAGUGUAUACCAGUGUGUAAUUCAGCUCUGCCCUGUUAAUGUAGCUGGGGUUUAAACAGUGUAUAGGUUACAGUGGGGAAUAUGAAUUGUAAAGUUAAAUUUCUGUAAUUAAAACUUCUGCUCUUUAAAGUUACUCCCUGAUUGUCAUUCCUUAGCCAGCACUUGUGGUGGGU